GCGACACCUCUAAUAAGAAGCACUUUAUCACCGCCAUUUUGAAUAUGUCUGGGCCGCGAGGGGUUUACAGUGCGAUGGCGCGAGGGUGUCAAUUUUUGCGGCUAAAAGCGCCCCCUUCACCAAUUAUUUGUAACUACACCUUCUGCACGUGCAAUUUCACCAGACUAUAGCUUCAAUGACUUGAAUAAACUUUACACGAGCUAAAGUACACUUUUUCGCACAUGUAUGACAAAUAAAUUUUCAUUUUCAUUCUCCAUUGAUUUCUUCUCGUUCAACAAUUAUUCGAAUAUUUUAAAUUAUUGCAGAUAUUGGAUUGAUACGUUGUGGGUGCAGGUGGGACUGGUGGGGUUGGUGGGGCUGGUGGGGCUUGUGGGGCUGCCCCUGGGAAAGUUAGAGUAUAAAGCCACUAGGAGUAGAAGAAUAAGAAGAAGAUGUGGCAUUGUGGCGAAUAGUGAGCAGCUGUACGUUGUUCAUUGUAAAUAUGCCCAUGAGUAUAAACAAGAUGGCGGCGGCCGGUUGUCGGAGAGUGACGAAGAUCGGCAUGCAGUGUCCGAGAUUGCCCUGGGGACGCGGAUAAACGUUUGUCGUCCGAUGGUUUCCAACCUCCCGAGCGUCAACACACACCCACCACUAAUUUUCACCGUGUGUGUGCAACUUCGCCUGGUGCGAUAAAGGCCUCGGGUGUCGUGUCAGUGUCUGAAUAGCUGUGAAACACCUCAGCAACAUUAUCAUUAGCCGUACCUAGAGAAUAAACAAAUAUAAUCCACCAAAGUGUCGAUGAUUGAUAAAUGCAGUGGCCAAUUGACACCGGUUCGUUGGAAAAUGUGAUGAUCGUGUGGAUGCAGAGGGGCCCUCGAGAAGAGGCCGUCCCAGGGUUGGCAGAAGAUAGGAGAGAGAUAGAGGUAUUGAGGAUCGGAGAGGUGGUGGAGGCAGGAGUGCGGCGGGUGGAGUGAAUUACUCGGUGCCUCAACCACGAGGAAGACAAGCUGAGUUGGACGGGAGUGUUCGCCAGGCUCACGUCAUCGUCAAGACCUCAAUUCAUAUCACACCGAAUAAAUACAGCCCAGACUAAUUGAUUAACCGCGAGGGUGAGGGAGGGAAUGAAAAAACAAUUGAAACAAUCGGCCUGAAAACAAAUCCAAACAAAUAAGUGAAUAUUAUAUCGGUAAUACGAAGAUGGAGUCGAGGGAACGUUACGAGCAAUUGUGCAGGCUGUGUGCCUCCUACGAUGCUGUUAAAAUGGAUAUAUUCGGACAGGAGGGCAAGAAUCGUCAACUAGUCGACAAAAUUCAGACGUGUCUACCCUUCAAGAUCGCAGAGGAUGAUAGACUGCCAAAGUGCUUGUGCUACAGAUGUAUGUACAAUCUUGAGAAUUUCUACGACUUCAGGACGGCCUGUGUCAAUGCUGUUGCUGUUUUGGAGAGAUCUCUACCACCGAGUGAAUCCAAAAAUGGCGAUGAACGAGACGUCACGGAGCAGCACUCAGAGUUGCGUUCGGAGUUACUCAAAGAGAAGGAAAAAAUGCCAAUUUUGAUCCCAGAGGCGCCAAUAGUAAAUCCCAAUGCAGCCCUGGGCACACCGCCCCGAUUGAACUCAGACGGUGAAGCAGACCCCGAAAUUGAAGAAGUGAUGAACCAGAGUGGAACAGACGAAGGAAUGGACGACACAGAGGACAGGAAAUCCGAUGAAUACGAGAUGGAUAUGGAGACAAACCCCAGUGACUUCCUGGAGAUGCCCCCUAUGGUGACAGAUGAUGCAGAGGAUCCCCAGAAUCAGCAUGUACCACCAGUCCCCUUUCAACACACCUCUGAGCAGCACGAGGUGUAUGUUUGUUCGCUCUGCAACAAGGCAUUCAGCUCCAAAGGCCACCUGUCCCUCCAUGCGAGAAUUCACGUGGGUGCGGGCGACGUAAUUGGCGAGAAAGUCAUCACCGACGAUCACACGUCGUACAAACGUCCAUAUCAGUGCGAUUUGUGCAACAAAUCUUACUCAACAGCUAAGCACAGGUGGGGACAUGUGUCGACGACUCAUCGAGGACAUCCAGCAGUCACCUGCAGAUACUGCUCUCGAAUAUACUCGACGAGAACAAAUCUCGAGGAGCACAUUAAAUCGAGACACACUGGCCUCCCACCACCCCCGGAGAUGCCAGUGCCGUACGUCCAACAGGACACUAGGUAUCAAUGCAAAACUUGCCCCAAGAUGUACACAAAUGUCACGGAUCUUAAUAAACAUAGCAGGGUUUGUCUGGGCGAUCGUCAGUCAGAGUCCAGUCGUCUGCCCCAGCCCAAGGGGAGAUGUCUCAUGGACACAUCAGAUAUGUCCAGUUUGGAAUCCGACGAGGAGAGCAAGGAUUAUCGAAACGCCGAGGCCAAACUAUCGAAAAAUCCCCAGUUGACGAUCCUCAAACAGGCCCUCACCAGGACAGAUGACAAACGAGAAGAGCAGAUAUCUCCCUACAAAUCCUUGAAAUCAAAGAAUGAUACUAAUCAUGAGAAGAAAUGGUACUGCGAAUUUUGUCCUCUGAAUUUUACCUCUACUGAUGCACUCAAAGAUCACGAGACAGUUCAUGACUCUGAUAAGCCCUACAUAUGCAUUCUGUGCGAAAAAGAUUUUGUUCUGAAGUCUUCUCUCAGUCGUCACAUCGUUGCGUCCCAUGGAGUUGAUCCAGUGCCAAUAAUCGAGAGUGAUCGUUGUCUGAAGAAGAAUGUACUUGCUAAAUCAAGGGUUGGGGAGUUGAAACAUGAGACAUCGGCCUCGCCAUACUCACCAGAGCCCAGGAUAGAUAAUGAUGACGAUGAUCCCGAGAGUAGAGACGACAAUAUGAUUGAGAUUGAGACUGUAUUUGUGUGUGAAAUAUGCACGAGGGAUUUUAACGAUCGUGCAUCACUGUGGCUGCAUAUUCGAGCUACUCACAAGGAAUUUGCAGCGUUUGCCUGUGGUGUUUGUUUAAAAAUAUGCUCGGAUAAUGAGCAGUUGUUGAGCCACGUCAACAUGUAUCACGGUGGAUCGAAGCUGCUGGUAUCAGAGCAGAGGAGAUACAGUUGUACGAUAUGUGGACGUCAGCAUGACUCGAGAAAAAAACUUAUGACCCACGUUUCCAUCCACAACAUCGAUUCCACGUACGACCCAGCGAGUUUUGUCCAGCUCAACAGUAACUACUACAACGACAGUUUGAAUAACGAGCAGGAAGGUGAUUUUGAUGCUGAAGACGGUGAGAAGGUCAACUGCUACGUCUGCAAAAAAUCAUUUCCCAAUGAGGAUCACUUGAUUCGACACCAGAGAAAUGCCCACAAGAGCGAUCAGACUGAACCCUCGGCGAACGGUGGAAUAAAUCCCAAUGGGAAUAAAGCCCAGUAUCAUCUCUUCUUCGUCUGCGAGCUCUGUGGCAGCUCUCAUCCCUCCAAAUGGGAACGAUGGCUUCAUGUUAAUAGUGUUCACAGUGAUGAGACUACCAUAAGGUGUGAGAGAUCAGACUGCGGUAAAAUAUUUGCCACUAAAUCACUGAGGAAUGAGCACCAGCAGCACCACAUGAUGCAGGGCUCAUCUCCUAAUACCUGUGAAAUAUGUGGUAAACUUUGGGGUAGCAGAGUCGAUUACUGGAAGCACGUGAUGGGAGUACAUGCCGACACUGUUCCCCUCAUCUGUGGAGUAUGUCUCAAGGUCUUUCCAGAUGUUGGUCAACUGAGUUGCCACGUUAAAUCCAAUCACUGGCCACUCACCAAUGGCGACUUCAGCUGUGAUAUCUGUGGACGUCCCUAUUCCAAUAAAUCCAAAAUGUCGAGACACCGGAAGAUACACGGACUAGACAACGAGGGGAUCAAUAAUGGAAUCAACGAUUCUAUGAACGACACUAUUAACUCUGAGCACAGCCCCCUCGAGGUCGACCUCAGCUGCGAAAUGUGUGCUGAGCUGAGUUUUGCAUCUUGGGAGGAUUUGUGCAAUCAUCGUAGGCUCAUUCAUGCACUCUUCCCCUGUGAUUUAUGCAAUAAGUGUUAUGGAAGGACAUCUCAUCUGUGGAAACAUGUCAACAGAGUUCACAAGGGACACAAGGACGUGACCUGUCCGUACUGCAUGAAAACAAGUGCUUCCAAGGAUCACUUAGCAGCGCAUAUCGCUAAAAUUCAUCGUUACGAACCUGAGACUAAGGAGAGCAAGGAUUCAGGGAAUUAUGCGUCACAGAGCGCUGAGGAGGAUGUAAUUCAUCACUGCGAGAAGUGCAACAAGGGCUUCCACAAGAGGUAUCUCCUCAGACGUCAUAUGAAGGGCUGUCAAAAUUAUCGAAAGGAUCCUGGCGCACUUUUGACACGGUGCAGGGCUUGCGAGAGAAUAUUCAAGGAUCGUGCAAGCCUCCAGAAACAUAUCGAGAAUCAUCACAGUAGUUAUACGUGUCACUUGUGUGAUGAAACAAUCACAUCAAAACUGGGGAUCAUGACGCACAAUAGAAUUAAUCACAUGGAUCAUCCCGAUCUAACUUGUAGCAAUUGUAAAAAGCUUUUUAGAACGCGAGAGGACCUAGAGUCACACAAGAAGGACCACAAAUAUCAUAAUUCACCAAAUGUCUGUGAUUUUUGUGGAGAUACUGUUGAGAAUAAAUUAAAACUCAAGAUGCACAUUCUAUCUCUACACAGAAAUGAAAUUGGAGUUUCUUGUGGGGUGUGUCUCAUUCCCAUGAAGGAUCCCAAGGAUCUCAAGAAACACGUGGAAGAUGUUCAUGGUAGCAUUCUCCGGAAGCCCAAUACCUGCCAGGUGUGUGGUAAGCAGUAUGCAUCCAAGUGGAAGGCGUUCGAUCACACGAAAAAGUGUCAUGGCAAGGUCUUCAGGACGUGCAAACAGUGUUUGGCAGUGUUCACCACCGAUUCUGAUAUCAAGUAUCACUACGAGCAUGUGCAUAAUGUACCCAAGGAUCAGUUGUCAGGUUUUGAGAAUCACGUGGAGCCAGUUAACAAGUCAAAAGAAUCAGUGGCUGUUAAGGAGGAGCCUGAGGACGUUGAUGAUGAGGAUAACUACGACGAGGGGCCCCGUGUGACUGAGAAACGCAAACGAACUGAUACCUUUGACUGUGAGAUCUGUCCAGAGAUAUUUCUCAACGAUGAAACCCUAGCUGAGCACUAUAGAAUUGUCCACAACAGUGAUCCGGAGAGAAUGCUCAAGAAGAUGAAGUUCAGCGCCAAGAAGAAGAUGAGAGCUCGGGAGAAUUUCGAGUGUAAUAAUUGCACCAAACAGUUCAGUACAAAAACGUUAUACUGGAAUCACAUUGAUACGUGCACUAGGAGAAGUUCCAAGGAUGAUUCGAGACCUGGUUCCACGUCGAUCUUGGAGACUCAUUUGAAGAAUAACAAUCAGAUUAAGAAAGAGCCACAGGAUGCGGAGAUGAACGAGUCAGAUCUCAAUAUACCAGACUUCAAUCUCUUCGAGGAUAUUAAUCUUCAGUUGUCUGCCCAGAAACCCAUUCCAAACUUGAUGCCACUGUCUCAGAUGAAAAUGGCUCAGAACCUCAAGUGUUACAGGAAGGACUCGAGGAAGGUGUACGACGAGUCCACGAAUACUGUUUGCGCGUGUGAAGUGUGUGGAAAGCAGUGGCCAGCGAAGAAACACUUGUGGCAGCAUUUAAUUCGAUUUCAUCGAGCCGAGGCUGCUGUCACCUGCGGCGUAUGCUUAAAACUCUGUACCACUUAUAAAGAUCUCUCUCAACAUCUCAAGGAUGCACACGAGGCCAUACUAUCAUGCGAGGGGAAUAAUUUCACGUGUAAGACGUGUGGGCGGUAUCACAAUGCCAGGAGUAAACUUUUACUCCACAUGAGCAUUCAUAUCAAUAAUAAUGAGCACGUCUGGUGCUCCAAGUGCGCAACGAGUUUUGAAACUCAGGAUAAACUCGAUCAACACGUUGAUCAGUGUCUUGUCAAGAGGAGGGAGGCUGAGUCCGAGGAUCACAGCAACGAUAAUGACGAGGACAUGAUGAAGCAUGAGAAUGAAGAGGAUAAGGGUAGCUUGAUUGGUGAUGGGGCGUCACUCAUGGAGGAGGUUGAGGAGGACGUUGAUUUUGAUUCUGAACAGGAUGCCAGUGAGAAUGGAGAGAACUCGGAGCACUCUGAGGACUCGGAGGGCAGUGAUUCGGGUAAUGAGGAGGAGAAUGAGAUCGAGUCGAGGGCCAAUAGCAGAGUUACUGGUGAUGUUAGUCAGAGUGAUGAGGAGGAUGGUGAUUCAGAUGUACCUGGUGGAGUUUCUGAAAUGGCUGAUGAGGGGGAGAUAUCCGUUAAAGAUGAAGAAUCCAGGACUGAAGCACCGAGUGUACCUGAAAGGGAUGAACAGGGGGAGGAAAAGCCUCCGGAGUCUUUGAAAUCACGGGGUAAAAAGCUGGGAAAAUCUGCAGAGGAUUCUGAUGACGAAGGGCCACCGAUACUCAGCCCCAUGGUGCCACUGCCCUCUGAGAAUGAAGAGGACCCUUCUGGUGAUCGUGAGGGGGAGAGCUCGGAGAGGAUGAGCAAUGAGGGAUCGGUGAGAAAGGGCGACGGAGAGGAGGGUGAGGAGGGAGAGGAGGGAGAUAUUCCUGAGUUGGAUGGAAUUGAGGAGGAAGGGGAGAAGGAGCCGUUGUCUCCUCACUCAAAUGAUUAUGACGAUUACUCAUCGACAGCGAAAUCUGCUAGCGCAGUGGCAUCUGCUGAGGAGGAUUCCAAUGAUGAGAUGGAUGAUGAUGAUAGUAGGCUGCAAAUCGAUCACGAGGAUUCACAGUCCAAGGGUUCUGAGGAGGUGGCCGAUGAAGAGGCUGACGGGGUUGAGGAGGGAGGCGAGGUGCAGAUUGAGGGACUCGAUGGGACUGUCCUCGUGGUUGCCAAUGAUGCUCAGGGCAAUCAAAUAUUGAUUCGACGAAGUAUCGAGGAGAUGGCCGAGGAGGAUGAGGAGGAUGAAUCCAUAGGAGAUGUCGCUGGGUUUAUCUAUCAGGAGGAGAAUGAAAAUGAAAAUGAGGAUGAGGUUGUUGGUGAGGAUGAAAAUACACAUGAGCAGGCGAAUGGCGAGGAAGUUGUGGAUGGGGAUGGGGAUGACGGGGAAGAGGAAGCAGAAGAGGAAGGGGAAGGCGAAGGCGAAGGCGAAGGCUACAGCAACGAACUUGAUAAUGAAGUUGAGGACGUGGAAGAUAUGGAGGUGGAGGAGAGUGAUGACACUGAUGAUAAUUCGAGUGCCAAAAACAAUGUGUCAAGGACGUAGUUCGAGUGAUUAUUUGACUAUUUGAUUUGUUCCCGUGUGAGGGACGAUGACACGUGAUUUCCAGGCUCUUUUCAAAGACUUUUUUUUAUGGUUGUUGUAAUCGAGUAGGCUAAGAAUGUACAGUAGGGAUUUUUAAGGUUUAAGGAGAGUAAAGGGGAAUGGAGGGAAGAGAGAACGAGAACGUAAAAUCGUAUGUUCGAAUCUCUCAGAGUCAGUUGAGUUUUGCUGUUUCACGCUCGGACUUUCGAGGGGAAAUUCAAUGGGUCAUUAAUGCUCUCCGAGCGCAGUGUUAUUGGGUGAAAUAAUUAUGUUUUUUUUUAUGUAAAAUUAUCAGUUGUUUUAGGUUUUUGGAACAGCACACGUGUUGUUAUGGCGAGGUUUAGUUUUCCUUUCCUUUUUAUUUAUUGCACCUCAUUCAUUCCAAAGUAACGAUUAGCCUUGGGGUAUUGAUAUAAUAUUUUUAAGGUGUCGACGAAAUAUAGGGAGCUUAGUCGAUCAACAAUUUUCUGUUUACUUCAUUUUUCCCCAUUAACAUCUCAAAAUGCUCUUCCUGGGGUCGUUGACAUUCGCAUACGAAAUCCUUUGUAAAUAAUGUAGCAUAAUGAAAAUUAAAGGUCGUUAGAGUUAAGACUAAUUCGACGAAAAACGAUGAAAAUAAUUUCCAUUUUACAUGAUACGUGAAUUGACGAAUGAUCGAUACAUUUAGGAGCAUUAUCAUUGAUAGAAAUUGAUUAAUGAAUAACGAAUCACGUUAUAUUUCUACCAAUACAGACUAUUCAUUAGAGGUCUAAGGUGUAGCGGUAAGAGUGAAACUUUUGAAAAUUCAAGUGGAAAAAAUAUAAAAUUGUAUAUUGUGAUAAGCGAUUCGCUGCGCCAUGUAUAAAUAAAUUAUAUAUUUACUAAACACAAGUUUGAAAAUAAAUUCAGGGUGAUGAUUAAUGUAUAUACAGAACAGAACACGUGGAAAAUUACUUUCAGAAAUAAACAAGUGGUAUUUGAAAUUGA